UCCCACUCUGAGAAACAUAGCGAGACAAAGAGAGAGAGAGUUGUUACAUACAGCGAUGGAGAAGCAGAAGAAACGGCCGGAACAACCUUCAAGUUCCGGUAGAAAAAGCUUGAAACGCAAGCUCGAAGAAGAUUUCGAAGACGAUCGCGACGUCUUUUCUCUCACUUGCGACCAGGAUCUCCUCCUCGAAAUCCGUGCGCAAGUUCAAAUAUUGGAGAACACUUUCUCGUCGAUCGAAGCGGAUCGUGCUUCGGCCAAGCGCGCGAUUCACGUCAUCUCUGAGUUCGCUAAAACCGAGGAAUAUGUUAACAUGAUUGUGAAAUCGGGCGUGGUUCCGGUUUUGGUGAGGCAUCUGCAGGCACCGCCCCCACAGAGUGACUACAGUCCGAGACCCUACGAGCACGAGGUUGAGAAAGGGAGCGCUUUUACGCUUGGACUCCUGGCCAUAAAACCCGAACAUCAAAAACUCAUAGUUGAUGCUGGAGCUCUUCCCCAUCUUGUUGAUUUGUUAAAGAGGCACAAGAACGGUGACAAUUCUCGAGCAGUGAAUGGUGUAAUAAGGAGAGCAGCUGAUGCUAUUACAAAUCUUGCUCAUGAGAAUAGCAGCAUUAAAACACGUGUCAGGACACAAGGUGGCAUCCCUCCCCUUGUUGAACUCCUCGAGUUUUCUGAUGCAAAAGUCCAGAGAGCAGCUGCAGGGGCCCUAAGGACUCUUGCUUUCAAAAAUGAUGAGAAUAAGAAUCAGAUGGUUAAAUGUAAUGCUCUACCUACCCUCAUUCUGAUGCUUCGGUCUGAGGAUGCUGCCAUACAUUAUGAAGCAGUUGGCGUAAUUGGGAAUUUAGUCCACUCGUCCCCCAACAUUAAGAAAGAAGUCCUACAGGCUGGAGCUUUGCAACCUGUAAUACGGUUACUUAGCUCCUGCUGUCCUGAGAGCCAAAGGGAAGCUGCAUUGCUCCUUGGGCAAUUUGCUGCAACUGAUACAGACUGCAAGGUCCACAUUGUUCAAAGAGGUGCUGUUGGUCCGUUAAUCGAGAUGCUUCAGUCCUCAGAUUCUCAACUAAGGGAAAUGUCAGCUUUUGCACUAGGCAGAUUGGCACAGGAUUCACAUAAUCAAGCUGGUAUUGCCCAUCGUGGUGGUAUUGUGCCAUUGUUGAACCUUCUUGACUCCAAAAUCGGAUCACUUCAACAUAAUGCAGCAUUCGCACUCUAUGGUCUUGCAGAUAACGAGGACAAUGUUGCGGACCUUAUUGCGGUCGGAGGUGUCCAGAAACUUCAGGAUGGGAUUUUCCUUGUCCAACCAACAAGAGAUUGUGUAGCCAAGACAUUGAAAAGACUAGAGGAGAAGAUCAAUGGACGAGUGUUGAAUCAUUUAUUGUCUAUUAUGCGAGUUGCCGAGAAAUCUAGUCAAAGGCGAGUUGCAUUAGCUCUUGCUCAUCUUUGUUCUGCUGACGAUCAAAAAGCAAUCUUUAUUGACGGCGGUGGUCUAGAUUUGCUUUUAGAGCUUCUAGAAUCACCCAAUUCAAGGCAUCAAAGAGCUGCGUCGGUGGCUUUGUACAAGUUGGCUGACAAAGCCCUGUCACUUUCUCCAGUUGAUGCAGGUCCUCCAACCCCAAUUUGCCAGGUAUACUUGGGUGAACAGUUUGUCAACAAUCCUACACUCUCAGAUGUUACCUUCUUAAUAGAAGGUAAGCGGUUCUAUGCACACAGGAUUUGCCUGCUUGCUUCUUCUGAUGCAUUUCGAGCAAUGUUCGAUGGUGGCUACCGGGAAAAGGAUGCCAAGGAUAUCGAAAUUCCAAAUAUUAGGUGGGAUGUAUUCGAGUUGAUGAUGAGAUAUAUUUACACAGGAUCAGUUAGUGUCGAUUUGGAUGUGGCACAGGAUCUUUUGAGAGCUGCGGAUCAGUAUCUACUAGACGGGCUUAAGCGAUUGUGCGAGUGCGCCAUUGCCAAGGACAUAGCAGUGGAAAAUGUCUCUCUCAUGUACGAUCUGUCGGAGGCCUUCAAUGCUAUGUCAUUGAGGCAUGCAUGCAUUUUUUUUAUUCUGGAAAAAUUUGACGAACUGAGUGUUUUGCCAUGGUAUUCGCAAUUGAUAAGCCGCAUCUUACCAGAGAUGAACAAUUACUUUGUGAGGGCGCUUACGAGGAAUAUCCAAGCUUGAUGUGUUGAUUAAAAUUCUAACUAAAGUCGUCAACGGAUGUACAAAAUUUAGGUGUUCCCUUGUAACUUUUGAAGAGAGGAUGGAAGCAGCAAAGCUUGCUUUGCUGUUCGGGUCUGGAAGCACGAUUGUAGUCUCAUUAGUACGGACAAAUAUAGAAGUAUAGAUUCAGGCUGUACCUAUAUCCAUGCCCGGCCCUCUUAUUUAGGUCAGACAUUAGGUCUAUUUGUUCAACAGGAAACUUGUGAUAUUUGUUUAAACCCAAGAAGAAAAGAAAAUUUACGGGAAUUCUUGUUGUCUGUAUGGAUGUUAUAUAACUUCAACAUGAUGUAUUCUUUCAACCAGGAGGA